AUGGUCCAGAAUAAGGCAUUCCUGUACAAAGCCGUACCGGACGGCUGGCCCGUCCCAGGCAAAGACUUGAGCGUGGAAGACAUUGGAUUCGACGAGACGGCGCCGCCGCCCCCGGGAGGCUUCACCACCAAGAACCUGUACGCCACAUACGAUCCCAGCCAGCGCGGUAGGAUGCGUGACCCGAGCAUCAAAUCCUACACCCCGGCCAUGACGGUCGGCAAGCCCGUGGUGAGCGUCCACGUCCUCGGCAAGGUCCUCAAAAGCGACACGCCCAAGAUCAAGGAGGGUGCCAUCGUCCUGAUCAAAGGCUACUACACGGAAGAGUACUCUGCCGUGCCGGAGUCUGCCCUCGACAGAACUGCCGUCAUUGACCCCAAACCGGGCGUCCCCUUGACCGCUUACCUGGGCGCGCUGGGAAUGACCGGCAUGACUGCCUACGGCUCGCUGCACGAGAUCGGCCAGCCCAAGCCCGGCGACGUGAUUCUGGUUUCGGCCGCUGCCGGUGCCGUCGGCCAGACCGUCGGCCAGAUUGCCGUGCAGGAAGGUCUCCAUGUGAUCGGUUCCGUCGGCGAUGACAGGAAACUCGACUUUAUCAUCAACGAGCUCGGCUUCACCUCCGGCUUCAACUACAAGAAGGAGAACAUAAGCGAUGCGGUCAAAAGGCUGGCUCCAGACGGCAUUGACAUCUACUACGACAACGUCGGCGGCGAGCUGCUGGACGUUGCGCUCCAAAACAUGAAAGACUUCGGCCGCAUCGUGGCGUGCGGCACCAUCUCGACGUACAACAACUCGGGCGCGUCGGGAGCGUACGGGGUCAAGAACUACAGCAGCGUCGUGCGCAAACGCCUGCGCUGGCAGGGCUUCAUCGUCUACGACCCCAACAUCAUCCGCUGGGAGAAGGAGCGCGACGAGAAGGUCGCCCGCUGGAUUGCCGACGGCAGCUUCAAGUCGGUCGACUUCUUCACCCACGGCAUCGAUCAUGCCGUCGACGGCUUCUUGGGCAUGCUGAAGGGCGAGAAUCUCGGCAAGAGUAUCUUGAAGAUUGCUGACCCGUGA